AUGCCUCAGACUAAGGACCAACCCGAAAAGCACACUUCUGGUGACGAAUCUUCCGAUGAGGAGGUAGAGGAAGGCCAACAAAUCACCGAAGAGCAAGCCAAGUUUGCUGCCGCUGCUGGUCUUUCUGAACAAGUAAGUUCUACGCCCUUAAAUAUUUAAACUCGUGCAAUGUUUUUGAAACUUAAUGCAAUGGUUUUAAAAUGUAAGGUUUAUUUUAUAUUGAUCUUUGAAUUUUAGGUAUCAGAAAAGGGCUCGAAGCAAUCUCGUUCCGAGAAGAAGGCUCGCAAGUUGUUCGCCAAGCUUGGUUUGAAGCUGGUCCAUGGCGUUUCUCGUGUUGCCAUCAGAAAGUCCAAGUCCAUCUUGUUCGUCAUCAACAAGCCUGACGUCUACAAGAGCCCUGGAUCUGACACCUACAUUAUCUUCGGAGAAGCCAAGAUUGAGGACCUGAGCCAGCACUCUCAGCUCAACGAUGUCGAGAACUUCAAGCCUCCAACUGCCAAUACUGCUCAAAACGUGAACCGAUUGGCUCCACAAGCUGAGGAAAGUGACACGGAAGAAGUGGAUGCUACGGGUCUGGAAGAAAAGGACAUUGAGUUAGUCAUGUCUCAAGCGGGUGUCAAUCGAAACCGAGCCAUCAAAGCCCUGAAGAACUCGGAUAACGACCUGGUGAAUGCCAUUAUGGAGUUGACUAUGUGA